ACUAAAGCUAAAAACUGCUGAACUUAAAAGGAAGUUAGGAUCGCACGCCGCUGGGUUUCACCUGGAAAGUCUUUCAGCUGCUGUCGAACAAGAAGGGCACCGAGACCUGCGGAGCUGGGCCUGCACCUGGACUGGGACCAUCCCGGCGGGCGCUGCGGGGACCCCAACGAUACGGCCAACCUGCAGGCCCUCGUCUUGAACCUAAAUUUUAACGUGGAGUUGAUGCUGAGCGUGCCGCCGUCGCCUGCCCUGGUGUCCCUGUACAACCUGAGUGGCAUCAUUCACAGGCUUAAGCUGGUCAUCGUGAAGACGCACACCAUCCGGCACGACAACUUACUGGCCUGCACGGGAGACAGGGCAGACGCACACGCGGCAUUUAUGGCCAUCCGCGCAAGCGUGCCUGAAAGCUACCGCAACAAGCUGGCCUACACCAUCCAGGUCGGCGUGGACAAGUUUGAGCCCAACAGCGCAGUACCGGCGGUCACCGACCCCACGAGCGGACACCCCGGUCACACCACGUACAGACGGGUGUGCUCCCAGUACCCGGAUGUCGAGGCACCCGUGGACGUCGAGUGUCGCCUGGGGACCUUAGUCGAGCACGGCAAAGAGUACCAGGUGGCCUUCGCCGGCCCGCGGGAACUGAAGGCGCGCAUGCGCAACACCUACGCCGACAGCAUGGGCUCUGUGCCCGUCGUCGUGUACGGCCUCGACCUCGACGACUUCAUGGGCAGGUGCCCCGGUGGCGUUAUGUCGCCCCUGGUACGCGCCGUCGCCACGGGAGGGCCCUGAGCUGGAAGAGCGCGUGGCGGGCCGCUCCUUGUUUUUGUUCGAGCGGCCGUGGAAUUACGAAGAGCCUGAAUUGACAAGAGUCAACUGCACGGACGUAUAAUAUUUUUUUAAUUUGUUUCGAACUUUUAUUAUGCUUUAUUUGAAUGCAAGCUUGAUUCUAUGAGUCUCUCAUUCUUUCAUCUGUAAAUAUUCUAUAGUUCGUUGCAUGGCUACAUUCAUGCUUUUCUGCAUCUUCUGGAUAAUGGUUUUCUAGAACUGUACUCCUCAUUUUCUGAUGAAUCGGCAGGCCGCAGAGGA